AUGAAGGAAGAGCAACAGGUCAAAACAUUCAUUGGAACAUUCGAUGAAUUAAAAGAACUUAUUCAGGAAUCCCGUAAAUUAUUUGUAGUUGACUUCUUUGCUACUUGGGUGUUGCCUUCUAAAAAAUUACUCCCACAUCUAUCCGAAAUUGCAAAAGAACAUCCUGAUGUCGAGGUAAUUAGAAUAGAUAUUGAUAAAAAUUUGGAAAUUUCAGAUCAUUACCAAAUAGUGUCUGUUCCUCAUGUUAAAUUCUUUAAAUCAGUUUCUAAUAACGAUUUCAUAGAAUAUGGCUUCGAUAAUGGAUGCAAACCAGAGAUUAUACGCUCAAAAAUCGAUUAA